AUGUCCGCGGCCGCGUUGCUGGCCACGGGCUCCGUGGUGUACUGCCGCCAGCUGCUGCUGGCGGCCGCCUGCGCGCGAGGCGCAGACACCUGGGGCCCGCGAUGGCUGGCGCUGGGCCUGAGCAACAGCCUCCGGGAGAUCGCGCGGCUUGUGGGCGUCAACUUCGAGACGGACACCGAGGAGAAGUGGCAGCAUGACCCUGAGAAGCGCUUAGACCCAGAGCGUCAGUACCUCACCUGCUGGCACCCUCAUGGGGCGCUGACCUUUUGCGCCGCGAUGUUCACCAGCGGCAUGGCGGCUCGGUCCACCCUGCCAGCCGCGCCGGGCCCGCGGAACUGGUUUGUGGGGAUCGCCACCCUUCUCUUCCGGUUCCCCUUCAUCGGGGAGUACUUGGCCUUGGUGAACGCGCGCCCGGUGACGCAGCGCAUGUCUGACAAGCUCCUGGCGGCGGGACGCUCUAUGGCCUUGCAGCCGGGCGGCCUGCCGGAGCAGGUGGUCACCGACCAUCGCAAGGAGCAGCUGGUUUUCCCACCAGGCCUGGGGUUCUGCCGACUGGCGCUGAAGCAUGGCACCCCGUUGCUGCCCAUCUACGUCUUUGGUGAAAACCAAGUCUUCACUACCUACGAAUGGGGGCGAAGGACGACGCAGAGCCUGUUCCGCCGCUUUGGCAUUGCCGUGCCACUCAUCAAUCCAUGGCCCAACAACCUGACGCUUCACAUGCCACUAGGCUCAAAGUAA